UUUUUCUUCUUAGGCUCAGCGAGAAGAAUAGAGUGUUAGCGUAGCUGUGCCAUGUUCUGCGUUUUGGUCAGGACUUAGAAUUUACCCAAAAAAAAAAAAAAAAAUCCUCGAAAGCAAAAGUGAAUCUCUUAGAUUAGAUCGAUCACUUCAUAUCCCUCUCAUCGAUUCGUCAGCUUAAUUGAUUAUCUUCCCGGUUUCAGUUUCUCAAGCAGGAUUUCUCGAGUCUCAGUGUGACCUGAGAAAUCGGCAAUGGAUUUGGUCUCUGGUUACAAGGGGGUUGUAGGGCUCGUUUUUGGCAACGAGAAAUCUGGUUCUUCAAAUGAAGAUAGCUAUGUUGAACGCUUGCUCGAUUGUAUUAGCAAUGGUAAACUGUCAGAAGACAGGAGGACUGCUAUGCUCGAGCUUCAAUCUGUUGUGGCAGAAAGCUCUAAUGCACAGCUAGCAUUUGGAGCAAUGGGCUUUCCUGUUAUGAUGGGCAUAUUAAAGGAAGAACGCGAUGAUGUUGAAAUGGUUCGAGGUGCCCUAGAAACUCUUGUAAGUGCCUUGACUCCUAUUGACCAUGCAAAAGGCCCGAAGAAUGAAAUUCAACCAGCUCUAAUGAACGCUGAUUUGCUCUCCAGAGAAGCAGACAACAUUUCACUUCUUCUGAGUUUGUUGUCAGAGGAGGAUUUCUAUGUACGAUAUUACACUCUUCAACUUUUGACAGCUCUUCUCACAAAUUCUCCAAAUAGGUUACAGGAAGCCAUUCUGACCAUACCUCGUGGUAUAACUCGCUUAAUGGAUAUGCUUAUGGAUCGUGAGGUUAUACGAAAUGAGGCCUUAUUACUUCUUACUUACUUGACCCGUGAAGCUGAGGAAAUUCAAAAAAUUGUGGUCUUCGAAGGUGCUUUGGAAAAGAUUUUCAGCAUCAUCAAAGAAGAAGGUGGUUCUGAUGGUGGUGUUGUUGUGCAGGACUGUAUUGAAUUGCUGAACAAUCUUAUUCGGAAGAAUGCAUCUAAUCAGGUACUACUGAGGGAGACGAUAGGAUUUGACCCCUUCAUGUCAAUUUUGAAGCUACGAGGGAGUACUUACAGCUUCACUCAACAAAAGACAAUUAAUCUACUCAGUGCGUUGGAAACUCUUAAUUUGCUAAUAAUGGGAGGUUUGGAGGCUGAUCAUGGAAAAGAUGCAAAUAUGCUGACAAAUAGGACAACCCUUGUUCAGAAUAAAGUCUUGGACCAUCUUCUGAUGCUGGGUGUGGAAAGCCAGUGGGCACCUGUUGCUGUCCGUUGUGCAGCAUUACGAUGUAUUGGUAAUCUGAUUGCCGGACAUCCCAAGAAUAUUGAUGCCCUUGCAAGCAAAUUUCUUGGAGAGGGGCUGCAGGAACCUGCUUUGAACUCAAUUCUUCGAAUCAUCUUGCGGACAUCCAGUAUGCAAGAAUUUGUUGCUGCAGAUUAUGUUUUUAAGAGCUUUUGUGAGAAAAAUGCUGAUGGCCAAACUAUGUUAGCAUCAACUUUGAUUCCUCAACCUCAUUCCAUGGCUCAUGCUCCUGUUGAGGAAGAUGUGCACAUGUCCUUUGGAAGCAUGCUAUUACAAGGUCUUAACUUGAGUGAGAAUGAUGGUGAUCUUGAGACAUGCUGCAGGGCUGCUAGUGUUCUUUCUCAUGUAAUGAAGGACAAUAUCCAGUGCAAGGAAAGGGUUUUGCGUAUUGAACUCGAGGCACCUACACCAUCUUUAGGUGCUCCUGAGCCUCUAAUGCACCGUGUGGUAAAAUACUUAGCCCUUGCCUCUUCCAUGAAAAACAAAGAUGGAAAAUCAAGUGGAAACUCUUAUGUUGAACCAAUUAUCUUGAAAUUGCUGGUCACUUGGCUAUCUGAUUUCCCUAGUGCUGUGAAUUGCUUCCUAGAUUCACGUCCCCACAUCACAUAUCUUCUUGAGUUGGUCUCCAAUUCGUCUACUACAGUGUACAUAAAGGGAUUGGCGGCUGUUCUUCUUGGGGAGUGUGUAAUCUACAACAAAUCAGUUGAAAGUGGGAAGGAUGCUUUUACUAUAGUUGAUUCUAUAAGCCAGAAGGUUGGGCUCACGUCAUACUUUCUGAAGUUUGAUGAGAUGCAGAAAAGCUUCCUUUUCACCUCUGCGAGGGCUACUCAGCCCCGUAAACAAUUAACCAGAUCUGCUUCUGCUAGUAUGGUAGAGAUUGAAGAUGUUGAUGAGAAUAAUUUAUUGGAUCAGAAAAAUGAGGAUCAUCCAGUUCUCUCCUCAAUCUUUGAUGCUUCAUUUGUAAACCUUGUUAGGAGCUUGGAGGUGCACAUCAGAGAGAAAAUCGUUGAGGUUUACAGUCAGCCAAAGAGCAAGGUGGCAGUGGUGCCAGCAGAAUUGGAACAGAAGAGUGGGGAAAGUGAUAGGGAGUAUAUAAAGCGGCUGAAAGCAUUUGUGGAGAAGCAAUGCUCUGAGAUACAGGACCUCCUUGGUCGCAAUGCAACUUUGGCUGAGGACGUGGCAACGACUGGUGUGGGCAGCAGUUAUGCCCGGCCUGAGCAGGGUGCGGGAUCAGACAGAGUCCAGGUAGAGACAUUGAGACGAGAUCUUCAAGAAGCAUCUAAACGGUUGGAGUUGCUCAAGGCAGAGAAAGCCAAAAUUGAAUCGGAGGCAUCCAUGUAUAGAAGCUUAGCUGGUAAAAUGGAAUCUGAUCUGAAGAGCCUGUCGGAUGCUUACAACAGUCUUGAACAGGCGAAUUUUCAUCUGGAGAAGGAGGUGAGAGGCCAGCAGGGCGUAGGAGGGUCUUUGUCCGUUCCAGAUGUAGAGGGAAUUAGAGCAGAGGCAAGGGAAGAAGCGCAGAAGGAGAGUGAGGCAGAACUGAAUGAUCUUCUUGUGUGCCUUGGACAAGAACAGACCAAGGUGGAAAAACUGAGUGCAAGGUUGUUGGAGUUAGGGGAGGACGUGGACAAGCUGCUUGAAGAUAUUGGAGAUGAUAUGGGCCUGCCUGCUGAUGGUGAAGAGGAGGAAGACUGAUGAUGAUGCUGACGUCUUACCUUUUAUUUUUAUUUCAUGGCGUGAUCUCAUCAUUCAUCCUCCUGGUAUGGAAUGGAUGGUGGUGGACGGGGUUUAUGCUUGGCUCUGCCUUUGUACAUUUCUGGUGGAAUUUGUACAGUUGAUAUUUAUUAUCAUUAAUACUCGAAGAUUCUCGAUCAAACUGUUUUUUUCUUCCUCCUCAAAUUUAGUUUAUACUCGUUUGAUUGGUAAUUGUUCAAAGUUUCAAUUUAUUCCCUUUCCA